GGGAGGAAGUGCGUGGGGAAAGUUGUUUGGCAUGACAUUUGAUCAAAUUGGAGAAACAUUGUGUGGAGGACUGACAUUUUUAGUAACUCUAUAGGACAUGAGGUAAACUACAGGAGCAUCUAAGAUAAAAUGGUCCUUUCAUCUCUGUCAUCUGUCCUUUGGGCGCUUGUUUUCGUGGCAGCACAAGUGAUCCUCUCUGCAGGUUACAAUAAAUGUGUCGCCAGAAACUUUGGCCAUGACUCUGUGGUGUGUGAAUGUAAUUCGACAUAUUGUGACAGCAUUGGAUCUGUCAGCCUCCCUCCACUGGGCCAGUUCUCGUCCUACCUGAGCAGCAUUGCGGGCAGCAGACUGGAGGCCAGUCAGGGUGAAGUUCGGGCUAACAGCAGCGGAGGAAGGCUCAAGUUGACUAUAGUUCCCUACCAGAAGUACCAGAAGAUCAGGGGGUUUGGAGGGGCAAUGACAGAUGCAGCAGCCAUCAACAUACUCUCUCUUUCUGCUGGUGCACAGGAGCAGCUGCUGCGGCAGUACUUCUCCAGUGAAGGUAUCGGCUACAGUGUAGUGCGUGUCCCCAUGGCCAGCUGUGACUUCUCCACACGUCUGUACACCUAUGCUGACACACCUGGAGACUAUGAUCUGCACAAUUUCACUCUGGCCCCAGAAGACAUCAACAUGAAGAUCCCUCUCUUGCAGCGUGCACAGGCCUUGUCUCCUCGUCCUCUGUCUCUGCUGGCCAGUGCCUGGAGUGCCCCCGCCUGGUUGAAAACAAACGGUGCACUCACAGGAAAGGGCUCCCUGAAGGGCCAGCCAGGGGGCAAGGAGCAUAAAACCUGGGCUCAGUACUAUGUCAGGUUCCUGGAGAAAUAUGCUAAAUAUAACUUGACCUUCUGGGCACUGACGACAGGAAAUGAGCCCUCUGCAGGAAUGAUGACAAACUACAGUUUUCAAGCCCUGGGCUUCACUCCCGAGGAGCAGAGGGACUGGGUGUCUCUGGACCUGGGCCCUGCCCUGCAUGCUUCGUCAUACCCACACACACACGUCCUCAUACUGGAUGACAGCCGCAUUCUGCUACCCCACUGGGCCAAAGUGGUCUUAAGUGAUGUUCAUGCAGGAAGGUACAUUCAUGGUGUGGCAGUCCACUGGUACUUAGACAGCAUUGUGCCACCUGACAUCAGCCUGGGAAUCACCCAUGACCUCUACCCGGAGUAUUACCUGUUUGGCACAGAGGCCUGCGCUGGUUGGAACCCGCUAAACAAAGGAGUGAUGCUGGGAAGCUGGGACAGAGCUGAACAGUAUGCACAUGACAUUAUAGAGGACUUGAAUCAUUAUGUGGUCGGCUGGACUGAUUGGAACCUGGCGCUGGACCCGAACGGUGGACCAAACUGGGUUAAAAACUUAGUGGACAGCCCUGUUAUAGUGGAUGCGACGCGUGAUGUCUUCUACAAGCAGCCGUCUUUCUACAGCAUGGCCCACUUCAGCAAGUUUCUGUGGGAGGGGUCUCAGAGAGUGGGGGUGUCUGCCAGUGGAGAGACACACCUGGAAUUUUCUGCCUUCAUCCGACCUGAUGGCUCACUAGUGUUCAUCAUACUCAACAGAUCAUCAUCAGACAUCCUGUUUGAAGUCUGGGACCCUCCUGUGGGUUACAUCCUCUCCACUGCUCCAGCUCAUUCUCUGCUCACACUCGCUUGGAAAAGGCAGUGAUCAUUAAAGCAGUUUCUCAGACUGCAUAUUUGUUUCAGCUGAACCACAUUAAAAGCAUUUCUCUGCGAAUUUGCACACAGGAUGAUCAUAAAACCUCCUGAUUUUAGGGCCUUAAUUUUUGUUUAGCUCCUACCAAGGACCAAGCAAGCAAGAGGAACCUCUGACAUAAAUGUAGGGCGAUUGCAUCACUUCAGCAUUCCUUUUGGCAGUGUGGAUACAAACAGGAAAAAAGCCCUUAUAAGCCCCUAGUUCUUGAGAAAGAUUUCCCAGUGUGGCUUUGGGAGUCUUCAGAGCUGUUUAGUCCAAAAACCCCUCUAAUACAAAAGCUGUUUUAAGUAUGUUUUCAAUUUCAUUAUCACACAGACAUAUUAUUUUGUUUUGCUGUGAUUUUAUUUUUUAAACAUAACUUGAGUAAUUCCAGUAUUCAUUUAAAAUAACCACAGGAAACCAGACAUUCAACACAUUAUUUCCCCUUUCAAAUGUCUUGGGGAAAAAAUUAUGCCUGAAAAGAAUAUAUACAUUAGCCUGUGCUACAUAAUCACUGGUGCCUUGAUUUCCUUUUAAUAACAUGUUUGACAUGGCUCUGAUCAAAUCAUGUAAUGCACUGAAUCUGUAAAUAAUUUAAGUUGUUGCUAUUUAAUCAUAUUUGCUAAAUAAAGC